AUGUCCGACGUACCACCAACCGAGCCCAUUCCCAAACCAGAGGAACCUAAAGCACCAGCCCCUGCACCUCAGCAACCUCAGUUCCAGCAAUUCCAAUCUCAAUCCAAAUUACUACCAAUUCCAAUACAAAUCGAAGAGAGACCAAGAGUUCGAAGAAGGUCUGAACCGCUUACGCAAAGAGUAUGCUACAGCUCCAACCCUUGGUUGUUCCAGCAAUUCCAAUCUCAAUCCAAAUUACUACCAAUCUCAAUCCAAAUCGAAGAGAGACCAAGAGUUCGAAGAAGGUCUGAACCGCUUACGCAAAGAGUAUGCUACAGCUCCAAUUGA